AUGACCGGCAAGACCAACAGUUUAGUCUACUUUGACCUUUCUUGCAAUGGCAAGCCCAAGGGACGUGUAGUGUUCAAGUUGUACGACGAAGUAGUGCCGAAAACCGUGGAGAAUUUCAGACAAUUGUGCACGGGGGAAGCGGGCAACUCCAAAGUUUCCGGUAAGCCAUUGAGUUACAAAGACUCGAUUUUCCAUAGAGUCAUCAAGGACUUCAUGUGCCAAGGAGGAGACUUCACCCAUGGCAACGGCACUGGGGGAGAGUCCAUCUAUGGCGAGAAAUUUGAAGAUGAAAACUUUGAGAAGUUGCACGAUAAGCCAUUUUUGUUAUCCAUGGCUAAUGCCGGACCAAACACCAACGGAUCGCAGUUUUUCAUUACUACCGUGCCCACCCCGCAUUUGAAUGGCAAGCAUGUUGUAUUUGGCGAAGUUGUGCAGGGCAAGUCCAUCGUGCGCCAAUUGGAACGAAGCGAGAAGGACAGCGGAGAUAAGCCAUUGGAGGAGUGGAAGAUUGCCGAUUGUGGACAAUUGCCGCAGGACUAUCAAUUGACCUCUGAUGCCGGCGUAGACGACGGCACGGGGGACACGUUUGAAGAAGUUUUGGGCGAUAACGAUAACAUCGACGUCAACUCGCCGCAGUCGGUGUUUGAUGCCGUGUCCAAGAUUAAAGAUAUCGGCACGAAACUUUUGAAAGAGGGGAAAUUGGAAAAAUCGUUUGACAAGUACCGCAAGGCCACCAGUUAUAUCGACGAUUACUUCCCUUCGAACUUGAGCGAAGCCGACUUGCAAGAACGCAACAAGUUGAAAGUCUCGUGCUCGUUGAACCAGGCACUCGUGGCGUUGAAGUUGAAAAAGGGCAGAGCCGCCGUCGCUGCUGCUGACCAGGCAUUGAGCACCGACAAUAUCGAUGCCAAAUCCAAAGUCAAAGCCUUGUACCGUAAAGGAUCGGGUUAUCUUUUAGCUAAGGAUGAAGAAAGUGCGCAACUGUACUUCGAACAGGCCUUGGCUUUGGAGCCUAGUGAUCCUGCUAUCAAGAAGGGGCUUCAGGAUGUCAAGCUUCAAAUCAAGGAGAGGAAGGAGAAGCAGAAGAAGAAUAUGGCCAAGUUUUUCAGCUGA